GCAUUUUGGAGCUAACUAGUCUCAAAGCUACAGUUUGAAUUGCACAAACAUACACGCGCAUGCGCACUUUGCUCAAAGGCCUGCAAGCUGCUUUUUUCUGCAGGCUCGAUCUGUCCUGCCUUGCACCACCGCGGCUUGUCGUCGACAGAAACCGGCCGGUAAACUAUUGGUCACGCCCCUUCCUCUCUGCCUAACACAUUGCUCCGAUUAGAAAAAAACCAUGAUUGACAUGUCCUCAGUAGCCAAUCAGAGGCCGCCUCGCUGUGGACGCGUGCCAAUAUGCAAUGUUUAUGUAUACGUCGAACCAAUCGGAUUGCGGUAAAGGAGGCGUGUCGUCGUUUGGAGGAAAAAGGCAAAACAAUCUUUUUAUCCUUUUGACCGGGCGGCUUUUUGGAUAUCCUGGGUUUGCGGUGCUAGGAAACUUUCAAAUGUAGACUAGAAUAUAAAUUAAAACCUUAAAAAAGCAGUUUCUAACAACUCGCGGCAAUCUCGAUAAAUGCAUCUAAUUCCAGCAGUUUGCAAUAAAUUGCACGGAAAGCCGGGUUUUCUUCGUCACAUCUAAGUAAUAUGGAGUCCAAAUACAUUUUGGAAAAGUCGUCGGUUGGGACGAGGGUCGGCGGUGCGGAUUUCAACUACCGGGCCGGCCGCUCCGUUCUCCGAGACACCAGGGUCCUCAUGGUGGAAAAAAGCAGCUCCAUGCAGGCGUACACGCACGGCCCAAUCCUCUAUAAAUUUGCGGUGGACGACUUGACGUCGGAGGUAAAGAAGGACUGGUCCAAAGGGAGCGGACUAACUCCAGGCGGUCGAAUUCUACAGGACACAGAAAAAACUGGCCUCAGGGACCAAAAAGACUCUGGUUCCACUGGAAUUCUGAAGAGGGCUAGUUCAACUCCCAAUCCAGGCAUAAAUGGGCAGUUGCCAGGCAGCUACAUGCAUUUGGACACCAGAAACCCAGGGAAACAGGCAGAGCCGGCCAGCAACUUCAAGGCAGCACAAGGCCAGCAUGCACCACAGGCAGAAAAACAGCCCCUUCCCUCCUCUCACAUCCCUGUUCCCAGAAACAGGAAACCUUCAGGUCACGCUGAUAAAGAGGUGAUGGCUGCCACUGUCCUGACGUCACUCUCCACAUCCCCUCUGGUGCUCUACCCCUCCUCUGCGCCCACAGUCUCAGAUCCAGCCAAUAAAACGUGGAAAGAGGUGCUAUCUACCAGCUACAGCAGCUCAACCAGUGGCAACUGGAGCUGGGAUGCCAGCGACCAAUCGGUGCCGUCGACGCCUUCCCCACCACUGUCCAACGAUAACAACAAGAGCUUCCUGCUCUCGUCCCAAAGUGAUGAUGUCAGCGAGGAUGCCACUGAGAGCACGCACUUCAUGUUUGAGGACCCCAUACCUCGCAAGCGGAAGAACUCCAUGAAAGUGAUGUUUAAAUGCUUGUGGAAAAACUGUGAAAAGGUACUCAGCACCUCCUCAGGGAUCCAGCGACACAUUCGCACCGUCCACUUGGGGCGAAACACAGACUCAGACUACAGUGACGGAGAGGAAGACUUUUACUACACAGAGAUUGAAGUCAACAUGGACAGCCUAACAGAGGGCUUGUCUAGCCUCACGCCCACCUCCCCCACCACCACCGGCCCUCCCCCCAUCUUUCCGUCACCGCUCAGCGACGCCUCCCACUCCGAGCACAUUAGCAUGAACGGCUUUCAGAGUCACGCCCCCUCGCUGCUCAGUCAAUCGGCCCCCUCCACACUCUGCCACAUCCGCACUGACCAUGCCUACCAGGCCACCGCUCCAGUGAGUAUCCCAGUGGGUCCUGAGCUGGCUGGGAUAGGCAAUGGUAAUGGAAUCGGGCCUGGAACUGGAACAGAGAAUGGCAUCAGUGUGUCGUGGCAGUCCCCUCCUUACAUUUUUAAAGGAGUAUCGGGGCCUGUGACUCACGUUCGACCUGUUGGUGUGGGGGAAAAGCGGCAGCCAUCAGUCACCCCACACACCCCUGUCAAGAACCAAGCUUUAAACAUGCCGGCUCCUAAAUCGACAUCAGGAACCAGGAAACCCCGCGGGGAGGCUAAGAAGUGCCGAAAGGUGUACGGCAUGGAGAAGAGAGACAUGUGGUGCACAGCCUGUCGCUGGAAAAAAGCCUGUCAGAGAUUCAUCGACUAAUCCGGCCCCCUCGCCGACGGUCCGCGAGACGAGCCGCUCCUCGCCCGGAGCCACAGCGAGGCGGACGCUUUCACCGAGGAGGAGGCGACGCUAGCAGCUUCCCUUUUUUUGGUGGAGUUGUCGGUGCUGCUUCCUCCAGGCCAGCAAAGGGGCUUCGCCUUCUUCUUUUCAAACACAGUGUCAAUACACAAACUGUUUAGUAGAACAAACCGAAUAUAUUACGCAGGUUAGACACCUUCUUUUUUUUUUUUUUCAAGGUUUUCCGCUCACAGCAAAAUAAGGAACAAAAAAAAUUGUAAAUUGGAUUCUGAUACUUCAGAUAAUGUGUUGCUUCAGCAAAGUGUGAUGACUACAGAUAAGUGUUUGUAUACUAAGCUACAAUUGCGUGGGGGGUCAAUCUGUUUAAGGGACAAAUGUUGCCUUCUUCCACGCUGAACCACGAUGGUUUGUUUCUGUCAGUGGAAAUCCGCGUUUGAACUCAUUUCGUUCACAGGUUGUCCAUCCAGCGAAUCCACAACGGAUUCCUCGUACGGUUGUCACACCACGUGCUACAAAGAGUUCCGUUUUAAUAUUCCAAAAAAAGCAACAUUUUUCUAGAGAUGAUGUACUGAAAUAUAUGUCAUGCUCUUAUUCUUUCAAUGCACCUUGAAGACAAAAAAAAAGGAAAAGUCCAUCAAAUAGAAUAGUUUUCAGAGGUGAGUUGCCGUCGUGUUGUGCAAUCAGAGGAACAACAGCAUUUAAUAUUUUCGGUCUCAGUGAGUCGCGGUGAAGGCACAUUUUUUUUUUUUGUUUCCUAAUGGCAACUGAUGUUCUUAAAGAGAUUGUUUACAACAACUUGAUGUGAAUGGUUGCCGUUUUGAAAAUGAUCGCCGGCAGUCUGACUGAUGUUCAUUGUUUUUUAUGUAGGAAACCAACGUCGAGAUUGUAAAACCCAACAAUCACUACCUUCUUUCUCUCUCCGUCGACGCCCACUUUCAGGAGACACCCCGUCUUCUGAGAGCUUGAUCCCCCGAAAAAAAAUUAUAUAUGAAAGCAAUUUAUAUAUAUAUAAAAUUCAUAAUCAAAUCCAAGCAAAGCAUGGAUGCUGUUGGUCGCCUACAUACCGAUUUAUAUAUAGGAGUGUGUGUAGUGUGAAUUUAAAAAAUAUUUAACCUUUUAAAAAGGCCUGAAAUACAAGCCAAGUCCUAAAUAGAUAAUCGAGUUUGGGUUUAACCCUUUAACACAUUUUUGAUUUACUGCAACUUUUCAACCGUUAACACGAUCAACGUCAUUCCAGCAGAUUGACGAUAGAAUGAGGCUGAUCGUAUUAAUGGUUGAAAAGUUACGGUACGUUAAAGAUUUUGUGUUUUAGCGUUACCGAUAACGCCUCAGGUGUUAAAGGGUUAAAUGUUAUGAAAUAUGAUAUAAAAACGUUAAAAAAUUGUAAAUCAGUUUGGAAAUAUAGAAUAUAGAGGAAAAAAACGCUGAUUUUUUUUUUUUUUUUUUUUUUAUUUCGACCUUUGGUGUGUAGAAACGACAUGGUCAGGUUAGUCACGUGUGUUAUCUCUUUUCGUAUGAUGAAAAAAAAGCAAAUGAUUAGAUUUUACCUGUAUUUCCCCCCAAUUAUUAUUAGUUAUGUGUAGUUUAUUCCUACUAUCUUUUUUGCCCUGAUUUAAUCAUUGUUGUUUAAAUAACUUGGAUGAAAGACAAUUUUUUUUUUCUUUUUUUUUUGCGGUAAUUGUUUGUUUCCCAGAAACCAAAUGAACAGAUGGUAACAAAAAAAAAAAUUCCCUCCAAAAAGCCCAAAGAAAGUCAGACAUUUGAUGUGUUGGAAGCUAAAAAUAUGUACGUGAGAAUCAAGAAAUAGAUGUGUAUUUUACAGGAGAUUCACACUUCUGCUGUAUAUUAGCCGACUCUGCUCUCCGCCACUGACUGUACACACUGUAAAAAGUGAAAGCAUUGAAUCAAUUAACAAAACUUCUGUAAUUUGUUACAUUUAAAAUGAUUUAAAAUUUAGAGUUUUCUCAACUUAAAAUGUAAUUUGAUAAAAACGACUUUUUUAAUGAAACAAAUUACAGAACUUUUGUGAAUUGAUUCAACGUUUUACUUUUUUACAGUGCACCUCGACUUCAGAUAGACGUGUUGCCCCUCCCCCGACCCCCGAUUUCGACGCACGAUGUCGUCGUAGCUAGAAAGGCUUCUUCACGAUCCUUGACGUUUUGUUUCAGUGGAAUCCCAGAUAAGCUAGGUCAGACGGCCUCUUCCAGUCUGAGAAAAACUUGACCAACUUCACCAAGUGCCAAUGAGAAGACUUUAAACAGGAGAAGGCGUACUGACCUGAUGAAAUUGCACUACACUGCACUGCGCAAAGACAUGUUUUUAUACAUGGAUAUUUUAUAUACACACAUUUUAU